UACCAUGAAGAAACAUAUAAUAAUUAUAAUUAAAAAUGAAGAUCAUUUAUAUCCUGUUCUUAUCUAUCUUAUCUGUCUCUGCCGAUGUCUGCGAAAAUGAUUCUCAAUCAGCAAGUUCAGCUCUUUCUGGAAGCUUUGGAAUGUCCUGAUGUAGUACCGAAGUCUAUUUUCUUGACGUUUUUAAUGAUCAAAAGGAAGAUUUAAUGUAUUUUAUUGGCUACUUUAUGGUUAGUACAAUUCCCUGGGAUACCAUUGUUUAUAAAACCGAUCACAAUUUGCAGCCAAUCAAAGUCAUGACUUAUGAUAUUAACUCUCACUAUUAUUCUUAUGCAAUAGAUCCGAACGGAGACUUUAUUUAUAUGCAAGACAAGACAACUCACAGCAUAUUUGAAAUAAGGACUACUGAUUUAGUUAUCUCAAGAGAGCUGAGUAUUAGAUUUAUGAUCCACAAUGGAAACUGAAAUAUGGUAGUAACAAAGGGAUUUUACUUCAGUUUCAAAUCUAGUUCAGUUUUACAAGUUUGAAAGUGGGAUACAUCCUCCACUAAUGUGAACUGAUUCACUUUUGGAGUUAAUAGCCAUACAAACUUUGCUCCAAUUAGUAGUGAUCUUCUAUUCUUUGGAUCAAUUGAUACUGUAGAUGAUCAGUAUUAUUUAAUAAAUUACAAUUUCUCAGAUCCUACAAAUCUUGUUUGGAAGAAGAGUAUUUCUUGCCCUAUUUUAAGUUGAGUUGAUAAGCCAGGUAAAGCUAUUUUAAGCCAAGAUGAGAAGUGGAUAUAUACAAUGAUUUUGUAUAAUAGCCACUUUAUUUUCGAUAAACUAGAUGUAGCUGAUGGAACUCCUCAAAACUCUGGAUUUCUUUGGAACGAUAGUGGAUUUACCCAUUGAUACUCUAUGAAAGAGUUCAAUUCUUUCAUUGCUAUGCAAAUUUACAGUUCAGCGUUACCCAAAUACAAAAGAUUAAUUCUGAUAAACACUCAAAAUACUCAAGUUCUGAAAGAAUAUCGGUCUAUUGAUUCCCUAUCUUAUGCUAUCGGAAGGUCAUUAUAUCAAGGAGAAGAACUUAUGUAUCAUUGAGGGAGAAUUGAUACAAAUAAAACAUUUUUCUUUGCAAGAUCUUCUAUUAACAAUAUUGACCAGCUUCAGGAAUUCAGUGAAGAGACUCCUCUUUUUACUCCAGUUACUACCGAAUACCUUGUCUCGUCAACUGCAUCUAACCCAAGCAUAUCCUCAAGUUCAAAGACACUUGAUAUUUCUACUUCACCAUCUAUCACCCUCAGCGACAUAACUUCAGCAACUUCCCCUUCUUUCACUACUUAUGUAGCCCUAUGGAACAAAGAUCACAUCCAGUCAGUUCAGGGUAACAAGUCUGUCCAGAUUGAUUUCACUUGGGCCUGAGCUUCAUCUUUCAACUACACUGAGAUUACUUUCAGUUUGGCUCAGACAGGGUCGAAUGAGAUCCCUGCAUGGGUGCAGUUAGACACAGACAACCAGGAGCUGUACCUUAACAAAACUCCAAAACUUUCUGAAGCUAAGACUUUUAGUUUUAGGCUCCGAAUUUCAUUCAGUAGUGAAAUCCAUUACAAAAAUUUCGACAUUAUAGUUGAGGAGUGAAAUAUCAAUAACUGAGAGGUUUGACAACUCGGAAAUCCGACUCUUUGAGAGGUCUGAAUAGAUGGCUAUCAGACUUCUAAUGGCCAGAAAUCUUGUAUGAGAGUUACUUCUGCGACUGGUACAACUGAAGCUGCUAUAGCUUUAGCAGCAGCGAGUAUGGUUAUGAUAAGUGUUUCAUCAAUCCUCUCAUUAUCUUCAAUGAACUCUAUUUUCAGUGCAAUUAAUAGUCUUCAACUGGCAUUAUUGCUUCCUCUUGUUCCAGACUACUUUUCUCCAAAAAUAUUAGCAUUUCUGAGUGGCAUGGGGUUCACAAUGCUGUCAUUCGACUUCGUAAAGCUCAAAGACAUUCCUUUUAUUAAAGCUAUUUAAAAAAUGGGUUUCAUAUCCCCAGUCAGAUAAAUACUUGAAUAGCAUCGGAAUGAGGUCAGGAAGCUCAGUUAUCAACUAUCUGUCACUUAUGGCUUUCAUUAUAUUCUUAAGUGGAGUUCAUUUAUUAAUAUUGCUUUGAAAAAUAUGAAUGGAGAGUCCACAGAAAAGUAAAUGUAAGAAGGGAAUAGACAAGCUGUUCCAGCUAUUUACUUUCAAUGUAUACAUAAGAAUAUUUAUUCAAGCAUUUGCUUUUACGACUCUGUCAAUAUUUUCUGAAAUGUAUGCUCUCAACUUAAGCUCUACAGUCACAAAGGUAUCAUUCGGGUUUUGAAUUAUGUUUGCAUUAUGCACGAGUGUGCUAUUCAUUGUCUCUUUUUACGUGUAUGCGAAGUCAUUUCCUCAGCUUGAUCUUAAGAAAUACUGGCUAUGAUCAGAGUAUUUGGAAGGAAUCAAACCAACAGCAUUCUCCAAAUUAUAUUCUAUUGUAUUCAUGCUACUAAGACUGAUGUUAUGUUCAUUCCUGAUCUUUGCAAUGUCAGUCGAUUGAUUCACGAAAUCAGUUUACUUUUCUACGCUCAACCUUGUAUAUUGAGGAUAUCUGAUUGCUGUCAAGCCUUUUGAGGGUCCUCAAGAUAACAUUAUCGAGAUUAUUAACCAAAUCUUAUUUUGUUGUCUUGCAGUUCCUCUGACGUGGGUGAAUGCUAAAUCCGAUUGGUCAUCAUUUUAUGAGAAUUAUUACAUCGGAGUGUUCAUGGCUGCUCCAUGAAUUUGAUCAAUAAUCUGAUUUAUUUACUUGUUAAAAACUAUUUACCUAAAGUUUAAAAGUAGAAAACCUAUCAAUAUUACUCCAAAGAAGAUAUCAAAUAAUAAUCUAAGAGCAUCUGAGAUACAAGAGGAGCAGAAGUAUUCUCAUAGCCAAUCUGCUUGAAUGAUGAAAUCCUGAUCAGAUAUGAGUCAAAAGAAUGCUUCAAUAAUAUCACAUCCAUCUGCUCAAUAAAACUGUAAAAAACCUCGAGCAUCCCAAAACAAUGAGUAAGAAAAGAAGCCUAUAAUCUG